UUGCCACAGAGGAAAUGACCAACUUUCUCUUUGCUUAGAUAGUUUCCCCCUCACUGUAGUCGACUUUAAAAUGAAAUAUGGCACUUUGAAAACGAUAUCCUCUACCAUGGGCGAACUUUCUUCGAACUUUUCAUGAGAUUGAACUUUGGAUGACAAACAGUUUGAGGGAAACAGAACGGACUAGAAGGACACAUUAUGGCAAUAUGUGGCAGACGGAGUCGGUCGAAGUUCAUUCUGUACGUUCUCGGGGCUUUUGUAGUGGGAUAUUUAGUGUUUCAUAGGAACACGCAGAGUGAUGUCGGCCUGGCGAGUCGAAGAGAAGUGCCAGUCGAGCAGCGCGGAAAUGUGGACGAAGAUUUACUGAAGAAACCGGUUUACGAGAAGCCUCCUUUAGAUGUAAAUGCUUUGGGAGAGAUGGGUAGAGCCGUUAAACUAGACCUGACUGAAAAAGAGAAGCGAGAGGAAGAGGAGAGCAUCAGAAAGCAUCAGAUAAACACUUAUGUGAGCGAUAAAAUAUCACUACACCGCAGACUGCCUGAAAGAUGGAACCCACUAUGUAGAAACCUGAAAUAUGACUACCUGAGCCUGCCCACGACGUCGGUAGUGAUAGCCUUCUACAAUGAAGCCUGGUCCACACUUCUGCGGACAGUGCACAGUGUCCUGGAGACCUCGCCUGACCUGCUGCUGACUGAAGUCAUACUGGUGGAUGACUACAGUGACCGAGAUCAUUUAAAGGAGCCUCUAGAAAACUACAUCGCCAAUAUCAAAAAGGUGCGUCUGAUCCGAGCUAGGAAGCGAGAGGGUUUGGUGCGAGCGCGGCUCCUGGGAGCUUCCAUUGCCACAGGAGAUGUACUGACCUUCCUCGAUUGCCACUGUGAGUGCCAUGAAGGCUGGUUGGAGCCUUUACUCCAGAGAAUUAAGGAGGAGCCUUCGGCUGUGGUGUGUCCAGUAAUUGACGUCAUUGAUUGGAACACCUUCCAGUUCCUGGGAAACCCUGGAGAACCUCAGAUCGGGGGAUUUGAUUGGCGAUUGGUGUUCACGUGGCACACUAUCCCAGAACAUGAGCAGAAACGCAGAAGUUCUGCCACUGAUGUUGUCAGGUCUCCUACAAUGGCUGGGGGUUUGUUUGCAGUCGAUAAGAAGUACUUCCUUUACCUGGGCACAUAUGACACAGGAAUGGAGGUGUGGGGUGGAGAGAACCUGGAGUUCUCAUUCAGAAUCUGGCAGUGUGGAGGGACUCUGGAAAUCCAUCCUUGCUCUCACGUGGGUCACGUGUUUCCAAAGAAAGCGCCAUAUUCAAGAAACAAGGCCUUGGCCAACAGCGUGCGGGCGGCAGAAGUCUGGAUGGAUGAAUUCAAAGAAGUGUAUUACCACCGCAGCCCUCAUGCACGUCUGGAAGCAUAUGGUGAUGUGACGGACAGACGGAAACUCCGAAUGCGUCUUAGGUGUAACGAUUUUAAGUGGUUCUUGGAGAACAUCUACCCUGACAUUCAAGUCCCAGAGGACAGGCCUGGAAUGUUUGGCAUGCUGAAGAGUAAAGGAAAGGCCAACUACUGUUUUGACUACAACCCACCUGAUGAUCAUAAUAUGGCCGGUCACCGGGUCAUUCUUUACCCGUGUCACGGCAUGGGACAAAACCAGUUCUUCGAGUACUCAACGCUCCAAGAGAUCCGUUAUAACACGAGGGAUCCUGCAGGCUGUAUCGUAGCUGAUCCCGUCUCCACAUUCCUUACCAUGCAGCACUGCAGUAAACCCAGGGAACCUGUGCCCGAAGACCAGAAGUUUAUAUUCAGAGAGGAUGGCUCUCUCUACCACGUUCAGACACAGAAAUGCAUUGAGGCAGUGGACAGGACUGACAAUGGGAACCCUGGCCCCGCUCUCCGCUCCUGCUCGGACUUGGACUCCCAGAAGUGGUUCUUUGAAGAGAGGACAUAGCAAAGGUUCUCUCUACACCUUUCAUAUCAGCUGCUCCAACUCCACAGCAGUUUAUUGAUCAUUCCAAUUCCUCCACUUAGGAUUGAUAGUGCCUUCCUGUUACAAGAGGUGCACAGUACAAGACUGGGAUUAAUGUGUUAGAUUUUAACAUUUCUGCAGUGUAUUAAAAUUCAUCACUUAUAAUAGAGUCGUUCAGUUUUUAAUCUUGAAACCUGAAGAGAGUGACCAUUUUCGUGCCAAUGAGUGUUCCCUGAAAAUUCAAAAGAGUUUUGGAUUUAUGAGUAAAAUAACACGUGUAAACAUACGUUGAGUAAUAUAACAUAUAAUAUAAAUAUAACAAAAUAUAUAAAGAAAUUAAUAUUUUUUUUCAGCAAAGGUGCAUUAAAUUGAUAAUGUAAUAAUGAUAAACAAAUAGAAAACAGUUAUUUUAAAUUUUAAUAAUAUUUCACAAUAUUACACUAUUUUAGAUCAAAUAAAUGCAGCCUUGGUGAGUAGAAGAGACUUCAAAAACAUAAAAAAAAAUCUUACACACCCCAAACUUUUGUACAAAUAGACAUUGUCACUGAACACAUCCAUGUCUCUGCAAAGACAUAAACACUGUAUUUAUCAUUUAAUUUUACAGGAAGGUAAUUUGAGUUAUUUGAAUCAGUCAGUGCUGCCAGCUCCAUCUGCUGGUGUCUUAUCCUCCCCUGCUAUUCUGCAAAGUAGCUUCAAUUAGAAUUUUUCGACUUGA